AUGGCCAGUCAGUCGCAGGGCAUCCAGCAGCUGCUCCAGGCGGAGAAACGGGCCGCCGAGAAGGUGUCCGAGGCCCGCAAGCGAAAGAACCAGAGGUUGAAGCAGGCCAAGGAAGCAGCCCAGGCUGAAAUUGAACAGUACCGCCUGCAGAGGGAGAAGGAGUGCAAGGCCAAGGAAGCUGCG